AUGAGCGUCGACAUGAUGGAUUUAGAUCAUGAUGAUCCAAGAAUUAUCGAUCCAGAAAUAUUAAAAAAAGAAUUAGUUAUUUCAUUACCGAUUUUGAGUGAAGCUGAUGUUCAAAUGAUGUUAAACGGUGCGUAUUUUUCUCGUGAAGAAUGUUCAUCUGAUGAUGAUGAAGAAAAAGAAAAGCCUUGUUUGAAGCGUGAUCAACGACGUUCAAAUUUAUUAAAUAAUCCAGAUUAUGGUACAAUUCUUUGUUUCAUUGAUAAGUUUCGUUCAUAUAUCAAUAUAAAAAAGUAUCCGCUACGCAUAUUAGAGGAUAAUCUAAUUAGUGAACAAGAAAAACUUAGUCAUCGUUUCAUUGAUUUUCAUCUAGCUUUACUUAAAAGAGUUAAUUCAGGUAGAACAAUAAAAGCGGACCAAUUUAUUUCAACCAUGGCAAAAUUUGCUUAUCGUUUUAAUUAUGAUGAUGGAAAUCAGUUAGAUGAACGUGGAUAUUCUAAAACAAGUAUUGAUAUUAAACUUCGAGUUUUAAAGAAUUUAUUAGAAAAACAAUUUGACUAUGAUCAAAAAUUAAAAACUGCUGUAGCCAGUAAAUCAGCUAUUGAAAUACGUUCAAAACCAUUUGGUCGAGAUCGAUAUGGCGCAUCGUAUUGGUUGUAUACGGAUACUGAUUGUUUUUUUCGUUUAUUCCGUGAAAAUAUUGAUAGAAAUUGCACAUGGAAAAGUGUAGCGAAAGAUCAAACUGAAUUAGAAAAUUUAAUAAAAAUACUCAUAGCUGAUCAUGUUGUACGAAAAAAAUUUCCGGGAUGGAAAUUUUCUUAUCCUUCUUUUAAUUCUUUAUCAACGUCGCAUGAAUUUGAAGAACAUUAUGCGUCUAAUUUAUUUCAUUGCAAAAACAAAAAUGAACUCUCGGAUGGAUCGAGUUCGUCGUUUGUACUAUUUCAUUCAGGAUUGAUUAAACCUGAUCGUGUUGAUUUCGAUCCAUUUGUUAAUCUUAAUAGAAAUUUGCCGCCGUCGACACCAGUAUCCCCUUCUAUGGCAAACGGUACAGAAGAAAAAAAUGAUUUAGAUAUACCAUCUGAUAGUGAAUCAAUAAAUUCUGUUGAAAUUACUGGUAGACGCUUAAGAAUUUCAUCAUCUGUCGAUACAGCCAAUGAUUUAUACUCGCUUGAUUUUUCACAACAUUCAUUAAGUAAUAAUUUAGAAAAUGAUGUAGUAGAGACUUCAAUCAAAACUAUUGAAAAGAAGUCGACAAAUAACGCUGAUGAGGGUGAUGAUGAUGUACAAGUUAUCAUGUUAAAACCAUCAUUAGAACAAGGAGUAAAACGUAAACUUGUUGAGUAUGAUGAUAGUGAAAGUCAAAGUGAAAUGGAAGAUAAUGGAAAAAUAGAUGAAAAUAGUGAAGAUUCUCAUCAUAGUUCAGUUAAUAAACAAUCAACAACUAAUGCAGAUUUACCUAUUGCAUUACGUCGAACAAAACGUGGUCACAAGAGUGUUAUCAGUGAGCUCUCUUCGAGUCCAUCAAGCACAAGCCAAUCUGGUGUACAAAGUUUAAGACGAAGAAAAUCUGCUGAUAAUACAUGGAAAAGCCCUAGUUAUUUGUCGAAAGGAAAUGGUCGUCGUGAACGUAGUAAUCGUCGUCGUCGUGUUGGUGGUGGUAAAAAAUCAAUGAAUGGAGAGUCAUCAUCAACUUCUGAUGAACAACAACGAUUUAAUGAUGAUGAUGAUGAUGAUGAUGAUUUUUCUGAUGAUUAUCUUUCAAAUAAUACAGCAUUAGAUGCUUUUCUUAAUGGAGAUCUACUUGACGAAGACGACGACGAUAAUGAUUAUAUUUCGCAACGAAAAGCUAGAACUGUUGCGCAAUAUCAGGAAAAAUAUCAAGUAUCAUUUAAAGCAUGUACUACAUGUUCACAAGCUACUCGUCCAGACUCAUUGUUAUUAUGUGAAGAUUGUGAUGAUGCAUAUCAUAUAGAAUGUCUUGUACCAGAAUUAUUUGCAGUACCUUUUGAUAAUUGGUAUUGUCCAUUGUGCGACCAUAAACGUUUAUGCGACGGAUUAAUUGAAAAAUUACAUAUACUUAUACAAGAUCAAUACGAAUACGAAAUGAAACGUAGAUUGUACGUAUCGAAACGACGAAAACGUUUAACAAAUGUUGCUGUCAAUGUUGAUCGAUAUGUCAGACAACCCGGAAAUGACAUUCAAAGAAAAAUGAUUGUGUCAAGUGACGACGAGGAAAAUGAAAAGAUAACUGAUUCAACAAAUGAUGACGAGAACUUUUUUGGCUUUCGAAUUAACACGAGAAAGAAUUCCAUAAAUGAUGACGAUAGUGUUUGUGAAGACAAAAACAAGAAAAACACUCGUACGAUAAAUAAUGGUAAUAGUGUUAAUGGAUGUAAAGGACAAAAGAAGAAUAGUUCAACCAACGGCGAAGAUAGUGUUUUUGGCAAUAAAAAGAAAACUAAUUCAACAAAUAAUGAACGUAAUGAAUAUGGAAAUAAAAGUAAGAAGAAAAUUAAUUUAACCAGUGAUGAUGAUAGUGUUUAUGGAACGAAAGCAAAAAAGAAAAUGAAUUCAACAAGCGAUGAAGAUAGCGUUUAUGGAUCCAAGCAGAAGAAGAAAUCGAGUUCAACCACUGACGACGAUAGUGUUUACGGGUCGAAAAAGAAAAUUAAUUCAACUAAUGAUAAAGAUAGUGCACAUGGAUCGAAAUCGAAAAAGAAAACUAAUUCAACAAAUAAUGAACGUACUGUGUAUGGAGAUAAAAGUAAGAAGAAAAUUAAUUUAACCAGUGAUGAUGAUAGUGUUUAUGGAUCGAAAGCGAAAAACAAAAUUAAUUCAACAAGCGAUGAAGAUAGCGUUUACGGAUCUAAACAAAAGAAGGAAACUAAUUCAACUAAUCGGGCAUAUAGUGGUUUUAUAUUUAAUAAUGAUGAAAAUCGUAAACCAUCCAGUCAAGAGGAAGAACACGAACAAACAGGCAAACGUAGUGUUAGAACAUGCCGACGAAAAGCUGCAAGCUAUUCUUUUGAUGAUUAUGAUAAAAAAAUGAAGGAAGCUAUAAUUAACUCUGGAGCUAAUAAAGAAUUAGUUGAAGUCGAUUCAGACGAUUCUGGCGAUAUUCUAAUGCGAAAAAAGUCAUCAAAGAAACGUGCUCGUUAUGAAUUAGAUGAAGAUUUCGAUGCUUCAGAUAGUAAACAUGAUCGUGAAUAUGUACCAAGCAGUAGUCGUCGUCGAACUAUAAAUGAAGAUGGUCGAAGUAAUGCAAAAGAUUUUGAAGACAAUGACAACGAUGAUUUUGGUAUGAGUGAUGAUGAUAGUGCUUGGAUUAAUCGACGAAAAUUAUCUACCUCAUCAGCAUCUAAAAAGAAAUCUAAUGCAACGUAUAGUCGCACCAAUAAUCGAAAGUCAACUAUGAAAUCAGAUGACGAUAGUAUGCUUUCUCAAAUUCAUAUGGAGUCUUUUUCACCACAGGUCAAAGUAAAAUCAGAACCAAUUACUGAAUUUGAUCAAAAUGUAAUUCGUCCAAAUGUAUUUGAUGCUAACGAAGUUGUUCGAAAUACAUCUGAUACAGGUCCAAUUGUUAACCACUCGUUUGGUAAAAAUCCAACCACGAACAAUACCUUAGACAAUACUCCAACUAUCAUCAAUACCGUAAAUACUGCUACGAAUGCUAAGAACCCUUCGGAAAAAGCUCCGAAACGUAAAAGAACCUCGAAUAAACCUCGAACCGCUAAUAAACCGUUGAGUAAGAAUGCAAAUGUCGACAAUGGAUUGGAUGAAAAUCCAGUUGUUGAAAAUCAAACUGAUAAAGAUGAAGAUACUAAGAAGCCAAAACCCCGACGAGCAAGACGACCGCCAGCUCCAAAAAAGAAAUCGUUAAUUCAACAAGAAAAUAUUUCUGAUGAAGAUGGCGCUCAACUUCCGGCACCAAAGCGUAGAUCGUUGAAGAAGUACCGUGAUAGUAAUGACUCGCCUGAAGAAGAUGAUGAUGAUUAUGAUAGAUUAGUACAUAAACGUCGAUUAUAUACUCAAGGCAGAAAUAUAACACGAAAGAAAAUAACAGAUCAUAUUAAAGAGUUAGUUGGAGAUGAAGAUGACGAUGAAGAAAAUGAAGAUGCAGAAAAUGAAGAUGCAGAUGGAGCAAAAAAAGAUAAUAAUAAUAAUACCAAACCAGUCAAGAAAAAUACCCAAUAUGAUGAAUUACAAAUAUCGGAUGAUGAUGAUGAUUUUCCGGAUGAAGAAGAAAUAAUAAAAACAACUGGUUUAAAAAAUUUAAAGAAACCUGCAGCUCCAGCAAAAGCUCCUGUUCUAUCAGCACAAUAUAUAUGUUCAAUGCCAUCAUAUCAGUUUGCCAUGAUUGAUCCAACAGCAAAUUUUGAUUUAACUUGUAUGCCGGAGCCAUCAAUAACAGAACCGAGUGACUCGAAUCAAGCCAAUAUUAAUAAUAGUCAAUCAGCAACAAAUUAA